AUCCUGUAGCUCGUCGGACACAGUCUCAGAGGGAAGGCCAUGAUUUCACGUUCGUUGCUCGUCAAGAACGCCAAAUUCCGGCUAGCCGUCUUCAAAUCUUCACUGUUCUAUCAAUCUCUUCUGCAAAGAUCAAAUUUUUUAACGUCCUCUCAUCCAUUUUCUCCAUCCCAAGAAUCCCAUAUCCCCAACCUAGCGAACCACAAAGACUGGUUAAGCCCAAAUGAGACCAUCAAAAUUUUCCAAUCCCUUAAAGAUCCCAACUUUACUCUUCCAUUGUUCAAUCAAAUCUCGCAAAGGAAAGACUACAAUCCCAAUGAAGCCCUUUACUCUACAGUCAUAAAUAAGCUGGCACUAGCCAAAGAUUUUGAUGCAAUUGAAGCCCUUAUGGAAAAAAUCAAGCUUGAAAGAAAAUGCAGACUUUCUGAGGAGUUUUUUGUUAAUGUUAUGAAGAUUUAUGGUAAUUUAGGUGGGAGAAUAAAUAGUGCUAUUAAGACCCUUUUUGAUAUGCAUAGUUAUAAGAGCUGGCCUACUGUUAAAUCCUUCAAUUUUGUGCUGAAUUUGCUUGUUUCAGCUAAGCAAUUUGAAGUUAUUCACGAGGUUUAUAUGGGUGCUUCUAGGUUGGGAGUUGAAAUUGAUGCUUGUAGUUUGAAUAUUAUGAUCAAAGGGUUGUGCCAAUGUGGGAAGAUCGAUGCUGCCUUUGCUGUGCUUGAUGAAUUCCCGAAGCAGAACUUUAGGCCUAAUGUGAGAACGUUUUCCACUAUAAUGCAUGGUUUAUGUGAUCGUGGGCGUCCUGAUGAUGCAUUUGGGUUGCUAGAUAGGAUGGAAAGGGAUGGUAUUGAGCCUGAUGCGAUCACUUUUAAUAUACUGAUCUCAGGGCUUAAAAAGAGUGGAAGGGUCGAAGAGGGUAUUAAGCUUUAUGAUAGGAUGAUGAUUAAAGGGUGCGAUCCAAAUCCUGGAACUUAUCAGGAGGUUUUGUAUUGUUUACUUGAUGCCAAGAGGUUUGUUGAGGCGAAAGAUUUGAUGUGUAGAAUGAUUCAGAAGGGUGUAAAUCCAAGUUUCGAGUCUUACAAGUUGGCGAUACAAGGAUUUUGCAAUGAAAAUCUUGUGGGAGAUGUCGAAUGGGCGUUGAAACAAAUGACAAGACAGGGUUUUGUUCCCAAAAUGGGGAUGUGGAAGCGGAUUGUUCAGUGCCUGGUUUCUGGUAGGAUUGAGUCUACCAAUUUCCCUUAUGAAGAAAUUGUUGGAAGCUAAUCCAGCAUGAUAUAUGUAUACGAUCUGCUGAUGGAAGUCGAAGUAGUUGUGAUGUUAGUCAGUAAUCAACAGAUUUAAUGCUCAGAGGGCAAAAAUCAGGGGACCCAUUGAUUGGUUUUAGUUAUAGAUUGAGCCAAGUUCCUGCUUUCCUUCACUGGUUGCCCAGCUAAAUAACACCUGCAUUGAGAAGUGUUGUAUAUGCUGUCAAUAUGAUGGUCUAUGCACUGGUUUUUCUUGCCUGAAUAGUCAGAUGUGCAACUUCUGGCAGUUCUCUGCUGCUGAACUGGGAUCAAACUGAAUACUUUAACAGUACCAACAAUGAGAUGUCUACGAGAAUUAUCCGUCACUUGGUAUGGUUGCCCAGAUUUCUUUUCUGAAUUUGUGAAAAGAACUCUGAUAGCAGAUUUUAGUUCUCCGAGUAGCUGAGCAGGGGAAAGAGCUGGAGCUCACAAAAUUUUGUUUCCCCGGGACAGCUUAAAGUCAUAGAAAUGCAACAGCAGCUGUUCUGUUAUCUAUUGGCAUCACCAAGCAUGUAAAAUGGGGAUAAACUGUCAUUUCAAUAUCCAACAUUCCUGAAAGAUAAUACAUUUUACGCACCAGCCCAGAUUUCUGGUU